CCAUCUCGGAUAAAAAGCAAACACAGCGGUGAGCGUUUUCUAUUCCAGUCCAAAAUGACAAUGACUGCGAACCUUGUAGCACUCACUCGGACAACCCCAUUCUUAUACCGUUUUGUUGGAGUAGGAAGUUGUUUCGGUAAACCCAUUAGGCAUUCUAUUACGAUCCCAGCGCAUUCUCCCUCGUAUGCUCUGAAUUUUUGUAACGGAAUCGUAUUUCGGCAACUGCGUCUUAGUCCGAAGGCGGUUUCCGAUGAUGGGUCCAACGGAGGUGACGGUAACAAUCAUGGCAGAGGUGGUGGCGGCAAAGGUGAUGAUAGUAAUGGUGGUGAAAACAAUUGGUCUUUCCUCUCAUGGUAUUUGGAUCUUCUUGCAAAGUAUCCUGUGUUGAUAAAAGCUCUGACAUCUGCAAUUUUAACCCUCAUUGGAGAUGUUAUCUGCCAGCUUGUUAUUGAUCAAGUUCCAUGUCUUGACCUGAAAAGAACAUUCUUAUUUACCUUACUGGGUCUGGUGUUAGUAGGUCCGACGCUGCAUUUCUGGUAUUUGUAUCUAAGCAAACUGGUAACGUUCCCUGGAGCAUCAGGUGCAUUCAUGAGCCUUCUACUUGAUCAGUUUCUUUUUUCCCCUAUGUUUAUUGGAGUUUUCUUAUCGGCAUUGAUGACACUGGAGGGAAGACCCUCGCAAGUCAUACCCAAACUUCAACAGGAGUGGUUUUCUUCUGUGCUUGCUAAUUGGCAACUGUGGGUACCUUUCCAAUUUCUUAACUUUCGGUUUGUACCGCAGCAAUUCCAGGUUCUUGCUGCUAAUGUUAUUGCUUUGGUAUGGAAUGUUAUCCUCUCGUUUAAAGCUCACAAAGAGAUUCUUCAAAAAUAGAGAUUUACCUUAAAACGAAACAAGUUUUUUGAAUUGAUCCACACCCUAUUGAAGUUUCUUCGUAAACAUUGGCAAGUUCAGUACUCCAACAAAAAUGCUAAGCUGAAAUGGGAGGACCACCUCAUGCAGUAUUGUAGCAGAAUUUGAAUGUGAGAAAUAGGUAUAUCUUUGAAGAGAAUGAGGUUUCCCAUUCGUGAACCUAAAACAUGUCUUUGUUUUCGGUCUCUGAAUGCUGCUACUAUAAUCUUCGUGAAGCAAAUUAUGUUGCUAAUACUCUUGCCAAUCUGGGUCACAAACUCGACAGGCCUAUCUGUUGGCAGUCUUGAGUUUCCUCCUGUUAGUUUUGCGAUUAACUUUGAUCUCUUAGGAGCUGGUUGCUCUAGGGGAUCCGCGGUUGUAAAAAUGCUGAUACGAUAAACUGUGGGGAUGUAUGCUCAUUGCUCACAUUGCUAUAGUCGUAAAAGCAGGAAAAAAAAAAAACAGAUGUUCAGUAUUAUGCCACUACUACAUUUGCCAUCUUGC